GGAAGUCCCGCCUCCGCAGCGUUGUACCCGGGGUCGCGCCGCUGCCGCCUCACGCUGAGGGUGUGUGAGGGGCGUUAAACUGAAGCUGGAUGCAAGAGCAGCUCCAGGAACAGGCUCCUGAGACUCUGGUUAUCACAUCAGGAUAACAACUUAAAAACCAGGUUAAUUCUCCUUAGGAAAAAAAAAAAGUCUCAAUAUUAAGUGCUAAUUUUGAAAAGCUAAUUUUGCCAGCGAUAAAAUUCAGUCUCUUAGAUUUUCAGCACAAUGCAAAGAGCAUCACGACUGAAGAGGGAGCUCUCCCUCUUGACCACAGAGCCACCUCCAGGCAUCACCUGCUGGCAAAAUGAAAGCCAGCUAGAUGACCUACGAGCACAAAUUUUAGGAGGUGCGGACACACCAUAUGAGAAAGGAAUAUUCAACCUGGAAAUAGUUGUUCCUGAAAGGUACCCGUUUGAGCCCCCAAAGAUUCGUUUUCUGACCCCCAUCUAUCAUCCUAAUAUUGACUCUGCUGGAAGGAUUUGCCUGGAUGUUCUUAAAUUACCACCAAAGGGUGCGUGGAGACCUUCCUUGAACAUCUCCACGCUGCUGACCUCCAUACAGCUGCUGAUGGCGGAGCCCAACCCUGAUGACCCUCUCAUGGCAGACAUAUCCUCAGAGUACAAGUACAACAAGCAACUGUUCUUGCUAAAUGCCAGAGAGUGGACUGAGAAAUACGCAAGCCAGCAGAAGAAGGUUUCCAAACCUUUGGAAGAGAAAAUAAACCAAAGCAAAACAGGUACAACCAAUGAUUCUGCUGUGCAGAAGAGAAAAGGGAGUAAUAUCUGCAAGAAGGAGAAGAAAUCUCGCCUGGAUUCCUAAGUGGUUUUUGUUCUCGUUGCAGCUGUCACCUUUGUUUUCACUGUCCUCCCUUUACACAGGUAUAACUAAAUAUUUUAAACUAUAUGUAGCAGUAGCAGGCUUUGCUUUUCUAUUUCCUAAUGGGGUUUUUGUGAAAAGUUCUGUUAUA